AUGUCAUUUGAUGAGUCAGAUGACCGUAAGACAUAUUAUCUGAAGAUUCACGCACCGUGGGAAGUGUUGGCCACCUAUGCUGAUGUGCUAAAGAUCAAAGUGCCCUUUAAAGCGAGUGAUAUUCCCAAAGCUCGAGAAGUUCCUCUGGAGUGGCUCACUCAACCUUUCCGGCUGCCAGACAAUGUCAUGAGGCCAGAGCCGGACUACUUCACUGCACCUUUUGACAAGAGCAAGGUCGACUUCUUCCUCAUUGAUGAUAAGGACACAUUUUUUCCUCCCUCCACUCGCAACAGGAUCGUGUACUACAUUCUGACCCGCUGCCCUUACUACAAGGAAGACCGUAAAGAGAAAGAUAAGACUGGAAUUAAACGUCUGCUGAACAACGGCACCUACACUUCAGCUUAUCCCCUUCAUGAUUGUAAUUAUUGGAAGAAGGCACAAGACAUGCAGUGUGAGAGUGAGAGGUACCAUCUGUAUAAAAACUGGGCUCGAUUCCUCUGCUUCUACAAGAAGCAACCACUCAAUCUGAUCAAGAAGUACUAUGGUGAGAAGAUUGGUAUCUACUUUGCCUGGCUGGGCUUUUACACAGAAAUGCUGUUUUUUGCUGCAGUCAUGGGUGUGAUCUGUUUUGUUUAUGGUGUGCUUAGUUACGAAGACAACAUCACAAGCUUUGCAGUGACCCUGUUCCUGGAGUUCUGGAAGCGGCGGCAGGCCCGUCUGGAGUAUGAGUGGGACCUUGUGGACUUUGAGGAGGAACAGCAGCAGCUACAGAUCAGACCAGAGUAUGAGUUGAAAUGCUCAGGCCGUAGACUCAACCACAUCACGCAGGAAAUGGAGCCUUAUCUUCCUUUCCCCAGCAAGUGUGCCCGAUUCUGUCUGUCUGGAGCAACUGUUCUCUUUUGGACGUGUCUGAUAGUGGCCUGUAUAAUGGGAGUGAUCGCUUACAGAUUGGCAGUUUAUGCAGCGUUUGCCAGCGUCAUGAAGGACAGCCCCACCAGUAAGAUCCAGCUGGUGGGCUCUCUCAUCACCCCUCAACUUGCCACCUCUGUCACUGCUUCCUGCAUCAACUUUGUCAUUAUCCUCAUCCUCAACUUCCUCUAUGAGCAUGUGGCCAUUUGGAUCACUGAUAUGGAGAUCCCCAAGACCCAUCUGGAGUAUGAGAAUAAGCUGACCAUGAAGAUGUUUAUGUUCCAGUUUGUGAACUACUACUCUUCCUGUUUCUAUGUGGCCUUCUUUAAAGGGAAGUUUGUGGGUUAUCCGGGAAACUACAGUUAUAUGUUUGGAAAGUGGAGCAAGCUGAGAAAUGAAGAGUGCGCCCCUGGGGGCUGUCUGAUUGAGCUGACCACACAGCUGCUUAUCGUAAUGGCUGGAAAACAAAUGGUUGGGAACGUUCAAGAGGCUCUGUUGCCACUUUUCAGAAACUGGUGGGGCAGCAGGAAAGGGCGAAGUAAUCCAGAGAGUACAUACAGUAGAUGGGAGCAGGACCACAAUCUGCAGAACUUCAGCCAGUUUGGACUCUUCUAUGAGUAUCUGGAAAUGGUGAUCCAGUUUGGCUUCAUAACACUUUUCGUGGCCUCUUUUCCACUGGCCCCUCUUCUUGCCCUCUUCAACAACAUCCUGGAGGUGCGAGUCGAUGCUUGGAAGUUUACUACACAGUUCAGAAGGCCAGUGGCAGCGAAGGCGCGCAACAUUGGAGCGUGGAAAGAGAUCCUUAAUGUGGUGGCCAUCUUGUCCGUGGUCACGAAUGCUUUCAUCGUGGCAUUCACCUCGGAUAUGAUUCCUCGCCUGGUCUAUCUGUACACCUACCACCCAGGCAGCGAGGCCACUAUGAGAGGUUACAUCACCAACAGCCUCUCCUUUUACAACAUCUCUCAGAUCCCUGAAGAUAACCUACCUGAACAUGGAGAAAACCCAUCCUGGUUUAACAGCUCUACCAUCACAAGAUGCAGCUAUCGGGACUACAGAUACCCACCUGGGCAUGAAAAGCAAUACACACACACAAUGCAGUUCUGGCAUAUCUUGGCUGCUAAGCUAGCCUUCAUCAUCAUUAUGGAACAUGUUGUAUUUGUGGUGAAAUUCUUCGUGGCGUGGCUGAUUCCAGAUGUGCCGGUAGAGGUAAAGGCACAUAUAAAGCAUGAACGCUUUCUGGUUCAGGAAUACCUGCACAACUACGAAGUGGAGAAACUCAAGAUGCAGCUGAGCCAGAGUUUCUGCCUGUCCACAGAAACGGCUUCACUGCUGCCCUCUAGUCCGAGGAAACACCAGGUGCUUUCUGAAUGUAUUUGAAUAUCCCUGAAUCCUCAGGACUACUCUAAUGUACUAUACACUGCAAAGCAUGGAGGAAUCGAAUCUUCUGAACCCCUUCAUACAUUUAUUGCAAAAAACUGUCUGCCAGAACUUUUAUAAAAAAACUACAAGCCUAACAGUCUUUUUUUUCUGCUUGAGUUUUAUGGGAAAACAUUACCGCUUUCCUCUGUGUUUCUCUCAAAUGUCUGGAGUGCACUUGCAGAACUGCACUUCUACAAUGGCGAAAGGCUUGGAGACCGAUCACAGAGAUUUCAGCAGCAAACCCUCUGGAAUGCGGCCUGCUGCUCCUCAGGUUGCCUUGAGCAAGCUGCUGGGAAUUCAACUGAUGAAUAAUCAUUUAUGACCAUUAAAAGACUGAAAAUGUUUUACAAGGCAAUAAGCUUUUAUGUCUGUCCGGCUUGUUGCCAUUAUAUAUUUUUUUAAGUAAUCUGCAUGUUUUGCUCUAUGUCUGACUGUGAAAGAGGUACAUGUAGACAGUGAAUUGUUUUUUUUUGUCUAUUUUUUGCUUUUCUUUUCUUUAGAUAUGUCAGAUUUUGUUGUAGGCGUGUGAGGUUUAACAGUUAAUAUAUGUUGUUGUCCAGUGGAUUUUACCACUGUGGAUAUUUUCUUUAUGAAACACACUGAUAGCUGAAUAACUAUCAAGGAAUAUCAUCAUCAUUUCUGUAGUGCUUGCAUUAUCAUGUUUCACAUAAUAUUUAUAUUUUAUUAUUGUUAUUUUUGAUUAAUGCUGUAUCUUGCCACCCACACAUUUU